AUGCUUUCGAUGAGAGACUCAUCGCGAUCUCGCGAUCCGCAGGCGCGGGCGAUGGAUGGCCGCCAUCGCAAGCUCUUUGUCGAGUGGACUCAGAGUGACCGAGUCCGACUCUGUGUUGGCGAAUCAAUCGAUACUCCUAAAGAGUUUCUGGUACCCGUUGAGUUCCUUCGGCGUCGGUCACGGGAAUUCCAAAGGCUGAUUCAUAUUCACUCGGAUUACUUGGAACAAAUCAAGCUCCCUGAAACGCGAAUUUCGACAUUCGAGGAUUUCCUGAUUUGGACAUUUACGCCUCAGCCUAAGAUCGGAGUCAAUGCGACAUUCGAUGAGGCAGUUCACCUGGGUGUCUUUGCCUGGAAAUAUCAAAUCCCUUCUUUGAGCAAUCAAGUGACAGAUGUUAUACGUGCCAAGUUGGCUGAAAAGGAAUGGCCCCUUGAAGCGUCGAUUGUGGAUAAUAUCUAUGGCGCAGUGCCCAGUAAGUGCCCGCUCAGGGAGGUGGUCCGCGCCGCCUUAGGACAGUUACCGCGACCCAAUGCGGAGGGUGAGGUUUUGAAAGACGAGUGGAAGGCCACAUUUCUGAAGCAUGCGGAGCUUGGUUGGGAUUACAUCCAAGCUGCAGCCACUGAAUGGACCAAGAGAGAUUAUCUCACAGAUUAUUGCAAAUUCCACGACCACCAGGGCGUGUCUCAUCGUGGUUCUUUUGCAGAGUGCGAUGGUUGUCCCUUUGCCCACGAAGAUUGUUAUCCAGAUGAGCCAGAAGAAGUGGUAGAUGGAUCUGCUGAUGCCGAAGCAAAAGCUGAACCUCCGGCUAGCGAGGACGUCCCAGUGGAAGAUGCCUCAAGUGAUGGGACGACUGUUCACAAAAUUGAAGAGCCCGUCGAACCACUUCCGUUAGAUCAGCAUGAAAUCGGCCUGACGAACGGCAAUGCCUCGGAAGAUCCAGCUUUGGAGUCCACGGAUAAUGGUGUGGAAACACCAAUGGAGGCUCCUAUGGAGGAUACAGAUCAGCUGAAGGACGCAACGGAUGAUGAUUUCAGCGGCACGAAAGAGACUGAUUCGGUUGCCGAAGUGGAUGGGACGACCGUUACUUCCGAAGGGCCUGGCGACGACCUGAACAGCUUGAAGGAGAAUGAAUCGGUAGUCGGAGAGGUUGAAGAAAGGUCUGAUGUGAAGCUCACGGAGAUGUCUAGGGAGAAUUCAAGUGACCUAAAGAUCGAUAGUACCAAGGCUGGUGAGGUGGUUGUCGAACAGGCGGUGCCAGAGUCCAAGAAGCCGAAGAAGAAUAAAUCGAGGAAGCGACAUGGCAGCAAAACGACAUUUUGA